GGACGUUCGGCGCCGCAUCCGCGCGGAGCGAGUGACUCCGGGAAGAUCCCCAGAACGAGCACCUCGGAGGUCCUCGGAGGGCCUCGGAGGCCUCUGGAGGUCCAGGAUGCCCUCCUCACCGCCGCCAGAGACUUCGUUCCUCGAUCCUCCAGCGGAGGACGGGGAUGGUAGCAUCCGCGUUGGCCUCGUCCGCCGCGCAUCGCCGCUCCGGCUUGCCGCUCCCUGCUGCCAUUUUGGCUCGAGGCGCCCUCAAUCGAGGCCUCUGAUUUCUUGCCACUUGCGCCGUCCGACGGCUCACCGAACCUCAACAACUCUUUCUCUUGAACGAACUCUCGUUUGGCGGUCGCGCGGACCCAUGUAUCGCGCCAGCAUCCCCGGCGCGGGGGCAAUUCAGACCGGGCUCCAGGGUGCCGACGGUGGGAAGCAGGCGUCUGUGGACAACAGCAGCUUCUCGACCCCAAGUGCGAUUUCCAGGACGUGGUUUACCUAUUCGCAGAUAAGUGUGAAGUCUCAAUCGGGUUACUGCCUCGACGGCGAUGGUGGCUGGCCGUACAGUGGGAUGGAUUUGCACAAUUGGUAUUGUCCUCAUACAAAUGACAGGUGGACACUGCGGAGCGAUGAUUUACUCGAAGAUCUCAAUCGCGGCUAUUGCCUGAACAAUGAAGGAGAAGGGCAGGUAGCCCUCAUCCGCCCGUGCGCUUCAUCCAGCGCUUGGUGCACAGUGCCAAUCGCAUCCGAUCCGUCGUGGUUCCUUCUGCAAGUCAAGGGCACUAACCUGUGCCUGCAGACGGGCAGUCACGUAAAUUUUUGGUACAGGGUGGAGGUGUGCGAUGACAGUAGUAACUUUUUCAAGUUCCAGAAAUACGGCGGUGGAUCGCAGGCAUCCUGUAGCGCUCCGACGCCCGACCCGACGCCUUCGCCGACGCCCAGCCCGACCUCCAGUCCGACCUCCAGUCCGACCUCCAGUCCGACCUCCAGUCCGACCUCCAAUCCGACCUCCAGUCCGACCUCGUCCCCGACGCUCAACCCGACGCCUUCGCCGACUGAGGCGCCAACGCCGGCGCCAACGUCGGCGGCGACUCCGCCGACCUCGGCGACGGCCACUGGCGAUCCGCACCUGCAAAACAUCCACGGUGAACGGUUCGACCUGAUGACGCCGGGUAAGGUUACAUUGGUCAACAUCCCACGUGGUAGGCGCGUGGAGGACGCGCUGCUUGCGGUAGAAGCAGACGCGCGUCGCCAUGGUGGAUCUUGUGCCGACACGUAUUUCCAGGAAGUGAACAUCACAGGGGUAUGGGCGGACAAGUUGAAGGCCGGGGGUUUCACCUUCAACGCCGAAGGCGUUCAGAGCCACGAGGUGCCGAAAUGGACAAAUUUCGGGCCGCUGGAGGUCAAAGUCGUCCUCGGGCGCACGGAGACGCGGAUUCAGUACUUGAACGUCUUCGUCAAACACCUUGGGCAUGCCGGCUUUGCCGUCGGAGGGCUACUGGGAGAAGAUGACCAUACAGAUGCAGCGAGGAUCCCAGCGGAAUGCCGCACCACGAUUUCGCUGCUUAAGCCGUCCGGGACCAGCGUGCAGGUUGACGAGCCGGUCUCGGUCGCGAUCGCCAGCUGAGCCGACCUCCCGUCUUCCAUUCUUUCCCCUUCCCUCCUCCCUUUCGUCGUCUGCACCACUCCCGCUGCUCGUAUGUUUGCCCUGACCUCGCCCCCCCUUCUCGUGAUCCUCACGCCGGGGGCGCGGCCGUUUCUUCCUUCUGACUCUUUUGACGUGGAGGAAGCUGGGGCGGAGGCCUUCCUCGAGGACUUCGGCGGCCACUCGGUCCCCGGGCCAGCUCUGCCCCGCUGGACCUGGCAGCGCACUUCUGAGAAGGCCCGCAGCCUUCGGCCCACUGUGGCCCCUUUGUCCCGUGAUCGUCAGAAAAAAACGGCUCGAGGUGGGGGCCCUGUCUCUCCGACGUGGGCCUGCCGCGUGACCCUCGGCAGACGACCUGUCCUGUGUUCCUCAGAGAACGACUCGAGGUGGGAGCCCUGCCUCUCCGACGUCGGAUCCUUGUCUCGCGCCGGCGGCCGGCCGCGGCUUCGACCCCUGCCCCGGGGGAGAAGCUCCCUCCCGAGUUCUACGGCUGUCCCUUGUGGCCCCGGGGCCGGGGGGCGGCCUCCAGGCGUGCCGAGAGCGACGCGCAAACGGCCGUCCCGAGGUUUUUUUGUGGUUGCCUCUCGGCCACGCGCAGGGGGGGGAUGUACAUAGGGGGAGGGGGGAGGGCUCCUCAGAAGCACUCUGGCUUCCGAGAGGGGGCGCGGGCCGGCGCCUCCGCCGAGAAGCCAGCCGGCGCCCUCUCUAAGAGGCAGCCUGCUUCCAGGAAGCCGUUCCCCCCACGCCCUCUACACCCCCUCGUGCGCGCCGCCGGGCCUCGCCCGGAGAGGCCGGCCUCGUGGCGGGCGCGGGAGGCCCCGGCGGAGCUCUCCUCCCUCUCACGUUCUGGGGGGGCGAGCGGUGCCCCCUCGCCGCCGCCGCGGAACCGCAGUUGCGCCUCGGCGCGCCUUCCGUGUCCUCAGAUCCAGGCGCUGCGCAGUUUUGAUCACGGC